GUGAAGUUUGCCAUCCUUGGACGUGUCCGUGUCCGGUGCUGUGUGACCAGCUCGCAACACACACAUACAAACACCGAGCCUCCCACCCCAUACUGUGUGUCUGUGCGCGUGUAUGUGUGCGUUUCUAGGCUAGCGGUGGUGCUCCUGGUCUGCAUGUGGACGGAAGGCAUGCUCGCAACAGCUCAAAACGACUGGCAGUGGCUGGUGUACGGGGGAACAGCAUAAAAACUAAAAACAUUUCAACUAACAGCAGACCAUCGGACCAGCGAGCAACCACGCGAGCGUCACAGCAAAGGCUCGGGCACGGGAUGGGAUGGAUUCUGCCACAGUGACAAACAUGUGAUCCCGUUUAUCAAACACCGAAGAGCGGAACAUCGCAAGCUCAUCGUCAUCCGGGCCAACACAGGGACAGGAGAACUCGCCGUGUCGCCGUCGACCUGGUCGAUGAUGAUGUAGCAGUGGCGAUGGCAUCGCAGCAACGAUAGAAGCAAACACACAACACUAACGCGCUCCGACCGCCCCGGAACAUUCGUUAGCAUUAUCAUCAACAUCAUCGCCAGCCGUGCUCUGUGUUUGUGUGUGUGUGUGUGUGUGUGUUUAUGUAUCCGUGUCCGUGUGUGUGAGAGAGUGUGUGUUGGAUCCACAAGUCGACAGUCGAUCAUUUCACCUUCUUGCAAGUGAAUACGGUGGUAGAAAGAGAGAGAAAGAGCAUAAAAUCAUUCUGUGCUGUGCAUCUUGCGCUCGAUACUUGCAAGCGAAUCAAAGCAACCCACGUGUGGCAAAGUGAGUGCGUGUGUGUCUGAGUGAUUCGUGUUGGUAAGCUGUCUGUGCGACGGUUGAAAGGGCAUUGUUUUAAAGUGAAAUCGAAACAAAAAAGAAACGAAAUAGACGCACCCUCCGUGCGCCGUGCGAGUGGAUCAGUGAAAAGUGUAAGUGUGUAAAAAAGGGUACGCAAAAUUUCAACCAACAACCAACACACGAUGGACGGCACGAUUGCGACGACGGUCGGUAUCAAUCAGCCCGGCACCGGUGGCGUGCUGCUGCCCGAUGCCGUCCUCGACAAGCUGUACCAGAGCUACGCGCUGAAGCAGAAGCGGGUCGCGUUCGCCUGCUAUCUGAUCGCCUCGAUCCUGUUCGACGUGUGGGCCAUCGCGGUACCGCAAGGGCAGAGCGUCGAGAGCAUAGUCGUUACCAGCGUGUUCCUCACCAUCAACAUCGUCCUGGCCAUCGUGCUGCGCUUCUGCGGGCGGGGCCGUUUCCGCGGCGUCAUAUGGGAAAUUGCACCGCACCUCGCGUGGCUGCUCGCCAUUAAGCAGCUCUUCCUGCAGCUCUUUCUUAAAGGCUCGGUAACGCCCAGAGAUUCGCUCGGCUGGGCGGUGCUGCUUAAUUUUUUAGUGUACGUCACCCUGCCAGUGCUGCUGAAGUACACGGGGAUACUGCUUGGGCUCGGGUCGUUCGCCACCUACGUCAAUGCCAUCAUCGGACUGGCCAAGAAGGAAAACUAUUUUUGGGAACAGCAAGUGGCCAACAUACUGCUGCUGAUCGCUGCUACCCUCAUCGGGCUGCUGUGCUACUUUCUGGCCGAGGCAAAGCAACGGCGCGCUUUCCUGGAGGCGAAGCAGGGCCUCGAGGUGAAGAUGCUGAUCGAGGAGCAGUCAGCCGAGCAGGAGCGGCUGCUGCUUUCCGUGCUACCCGAACACGUCGCGGUCAAGAUGCGACAGGAUCUCGGUUCGACCAACUCGGAGCAGUUCAAGAAAAUCUACAUGAGUCGCCAUGAAAACGUCAGCAUUCUGUAUGCAGAUAUUGUCGGUUUCACGGCCAUCUCGUCCACCUAUUCGGCCCAGGAUCUGGUGAAGAUACUCAACGAGCUGUUCGCCCGCUUCGACCGUCUGGCUGAGAAAUAUCAGCAGCUGCGAAUAAAAAUUCUCGGCGACUGUUACUACUGCAUCAGCGGGGCGCCGGUCGAGCGGCCGGAUCAUGCCGUCCUCUGCGUGCACAUGGGCCUGUCGAUGGUGAAAGCGAUCAAGUACGUUCAGCAGAAGACAAACUCACCGGUGGAUAUGCGCGUCGGAAUACACACCGGGGCGGUGCUGGCCGGCAUCCUCGGCCAGCGCCAGUGGCAGUUCGACGUCUACUCGAAGGAUGUCGAGUUGGCGAACAAGAUGGAAUCGAGCGGCAAGGCAGGCCGUGUCCAUCUGUCGGAGAAAACGCUCGGCUUCCUGAACGGGGAGUUCGAAGUGGAGCCGGCCUUCGGUGAAAAGCGCGAGGAAGCGCUCCGGAUAGCGGGCCUCAAGACGUACUUCAUCACGAGAGUGCUGAAACCGUUCUGCCCGUCGGAGCACAAAAAUGGUUCAGCCGAUCCGAAGGACGUGGUCAUCGAACCGGACGGACCGUCCGAGAUCUUGCGCGAAGACGAGGAUGACACAAAGCCGGUGAAUGGUGCAAACGCGGGAGACGAACCAUCGACGCCCGGCACGGAUGACAAAACGGAUCCACUGGAGGACGACACGCAGGCAUCCGAGGACUACAAGAUGCGCCUCCGCAAAGAGCUCGUCAGCCGGGACGGGCACAGCGAAAUCAGCAAGGAUACGACCAUCUUCCUCACGUUCAACGACAAGACGCACGAGACGGCCUACAACGAAUACCGGGAGCCGCACAGUGCGGUACCACUGCUGGCCGCCCUGCUGGUGCAGUUCGUCGCCAUCCUGUACGCUCUGCUGGUUCUACCAAGGACGGCGGUGCACUUCGAAAUUGUGAUACCGCCUCUAGUGAUCAUUUUCGUGAUGGUAUUCAUCUCCGUCGCCGAAAGCCUAACCGGGAUUCUGCCGGCAUUCAUCACUCUAAACAGCAAACGAUACAACGAUAGUACCAGCUUACGGAAGUCUACGGCCAUCAUUAUCGUCCUGCUGCUGGGCGUUUCGAACGUGAGCGACAUGCUGGCAGCGUCGCACCGGACACCGCUCAGCCUGAACAUCACGAACGUGUCGUUCGCCUCGACCGAGAUGGAACCGGCGAGCGUCUGCCUGUUCCCGUCGUACUUCAGUAACUAUACCGUUUUAAUACUAAUUGCCACCUCAAUCAUAACGCAAUUAUCGCAUCUCAGCAAAAUUUUAUUAAUGAUCAUCAUAACCGCGAUCCAUUGCUACGUGAACAUCUUCCACCUGGACGAAGCGUUCCGGAACGAGGACUUUGGCAUUAUGAACGUCUUUCCGCUACGCUACACUCUAUCCGCGCUGCUGGUCGCCGUAACGAUAGCGCUUUCAUUCCUGGCCCGACACAUCGAUAAAGUAGAUCGUGUAAUAUUCAUGUGGAAGACGGAGGUGAUCGACCAGAAGGAGAAGGCGAGCGAUAUGAGGCGCCGGAACGAGGCGCUCGUGUACAACGUCCUGCCGAUGCACGUCGCGGAACACUUCAUGGGCAACCGGAAGCGCUCGCACGACGACCUGUACUCGCAGAGCUACGCCGAGGUGGGUGUCCUGUUCGCUAGCAUGCCCAACUUUUCCGACUUCUACUCGGAGGAAACGGUGAACAACCAGGGGCUGGAGUGCUUGCGCUUUCUCAACGAGGUCAUCUCCGACUUCGAUGCGCUGCUGGAGCUACCCCAGUUUCAGGACAUUAUCAAAAUCAAAACGAUCGGCUCCACGUACAUGGCGGCGAGCGGUCUCAACCCGUCCCGCAUCGUCAAACCGGACGAUCCGGUGUCGGUCCGGUGGGCCCACCUGGCACUGCUGGUAGAGUUUGCGCUCGAGCUGAAGAAAGCGCUGCAGGGCAUCAACGAGCAGUCGUUCAACCAUUUCGUGCUGAAGAUGGGCGUCAACCAUGGGCCGAUUACGGCGGGCGUGAUUGGAGCGCGCAAACCCCACUACGACAUCUGGGGCAACACGGUAAAUGUGGCGUCCCGAAUGGAAAGCACGGGCAAGGCCGGCGCCAUCCAGGUGACGGAGGAAACCUGCCAGAUACUGCAAACCUUCGGCUACACGUUCGAGCAGCGCGGGCUCGUCGCGGUCAAGGGCAAGGGACAGCUGAUGACGUACUACCUGCAGGGGAAGGUACCGCGACCGACGGGACCGACCGCGUCGCCGAUCCUGCAGAACCUGACCGCGAUGGAGACGGUCCAGGAGGUGGACGAAUCGAAGGAAAGCCCGCCGGCACUGGCACCUCCACCCGGCGAUGGAGCGUCACCCGCCCACCAGCUGCACUCGGUGUCGAGCCCGAGCACGGCCAGCCCGAACAGUGUGCGGCUGAAUCAGGAGUACGUGGAGAUGAAGGCAUCGAGCGCGUCGACGGCGAUGCUGCAGGAAAGCAGCAGCAGCAGCAUUAGCAACAACACCACCACCACCAGCACGAAGCUUACGGUUGUGUCGGAGAAGACGACCACCAUUUCGAGUACGAGCAGCACCAGCUCGACCACGGUUGAGACGAGCGUCAGCAAAACGGCCCAAUCGAGCGUCCGAUCGUCGAGUCUGUUCAAUGGCGGUGAGGCAACGCCGGCCGACGAGAGUGACGCCCAAACGCCACUGCUGGAGGGUAAGAACAGUACCAACGCUAGCUCGCACCAUUUCGGCGAAGGUGAAAAGGAUGCACUGCUGGAGAAUGGCUCCUAAAGAGGGGGAAGGGAAGAACCCAUCAAAACUCCUUCUUUUUUCGGAUAAUCGUGUAGAAUAGUGUUUAAGCUUUAAUGUUGGAAAACGAACGAGGGUCUGAGGGUAAAUCGAGGUUGUAGGUACAGUGAUCUCAGAGAGAGAGAGAGAGAGAGAGAGAGAGAGAGAGAGAGAGAGAGAGAGAGCAGUGGAAAUCGCUUCAGCAAUUAAGUGUAGCCCGGGUACACCAACCUAUGGUACCAAAGCGUGUUGAGUUUUAUGUGUUUUGCUUUUGUGAAGAAUGCAACGUGUUUCGUUAGGUAUGGUUAGCUAAAUCUAUUAACUAGUCAAAGCGCAUCAUUUAUUGAGAGUAUUGUUUGUUAAGGGGAAGGGUGAACGUUUAGCUUAACCGCUUUUGUACGUAUUAAAACACGGAAAACUUCGUUACAAUUGCAACGUACCAGCGCAUGGCUACGUGGGACUCAUUGAAAGGAUCUUGUGAAACAAACGAUUUAAAAGACUGCCAGAAACUGAUAUACAUACGUUACGUUAGUUAUGGUCUGCCCCAUCGCGUGAAGUACUUCAAUACAAUCAUUCAUUAAAUAGUUUUAUGCCCAUUUUAUAUGCCCCAAUAUAUUUCGAUUAAGUUGCUUUACGCACGAGUGGUGCUUAGUUUACUCACCUGAUACUAAUGUACACACACACGCUGGGCUGUGUGUGUGUGUGCGGAAUGCAUUCCACCGAAGAAGAAAACACCGUACGAGACACGAGAUAUAUUAGAUUUAUUAAACAACAAAAACGCACAUUUAAAGGUUGUUUUUGGUGGAUUUUGUUUCCUUGCAGCAGCAGUGGAGCCGUUUUACGUAACGAAAUGUGGAAAGAACAUAUCUUAUUGCAUGAAACGAAGCCGAUGAAGAGGAAAAUGUAACCGAUCAAUUCAAGAGUCAGAUAAUAGAAAGAAAAAAAAAGAUUAUUUACUAUAAUGAUAUUUUAAAACAAACUCUUGCGUAGGAAAAAAGCCGAUACAUUGGGUUUGGUUCGUCGCACAAAGUGAAGAAACAUUUAAACUGAAAGUACGUUGCGUAUGCUAUUUUUUCUGACACAAUAUGAUGAAAGCAACAAAAAAAAAAACAGAAGUAAAAUAUUUAAAAACGAAACAAAAACAACACAAACACCAGUUUUCAAUGGAAAAAAAAGAAAAUAUAUAACAAAUUCGAUUAGUAACAAAACAAAAAUUGGCAAUAAAAUUGUAGACACAAUUGUAGAGAUUGGCGCGCGCGCGCGCGACACGAGACAAGAGGAUGAGGAAAGAGAAGAGAAACAGUGUAACACUAGUAGCGUUCAUUCAAUGUGAUUAAACACGCAUCGACUCACUAAUUAUGGUGUACUCCUUUUUGCGCUUCAUACCGAGAUGGAAAAUUGUGUCUAUAAAUAUAGUGAAGAAAAAAAGUUGAAACAUUUCGCAAAAGUGAUAAAGAAGAGGAAAAAAUUUACCGAAAGAGAGAGAAGAAUAUACAUAAGAACAAGUAGCAGAAGUAAGAGAAAAAACAAGAAAAAUAAAACAGCAAAAAACAGCAAAGAGUGAACAAAACUGUGUGUGCAUUAGAGAGAAACAACCCCAAAACAUAACUCAUUAAAGGAAAAGAAGCAACACAAGAAAUCAUCCAUUUAGACAACAUACCAAUUUGAUGUGUAUUAGAGAACAAAGCUUAAACAAACAAACAAACAAACAAAAAAGUCGAUACUACUACAGUAAAACAAAACUCACUUCAAAAAACCCAUGACAACCAUAUAAACAAGUAAGCUAAACCGUUGGUAAGUGUGUGUGUGUGCGAUGGUAUUUCUUCUCUGCAGGAAGUAAUGUGAACGCGAUAGCAUUAGAAAUUCGUUCUCAAAUACUAAAUGGAACAGAACAAAACACAAGCAAGCAAACAAACAAUCCUGUUUAUAAAGCUGAAGUAUCAAUACUCCUUUAUUCCAAGAGAGUGUGUGUGAGUGUGUGUCUGUGUUAACUUGUUUCUUCAGCGUCGGUUUUGAUGGUGAGGUAAUAAAAAUGGCGAAGGAAAUAGUGUCAUAGUAGUAGCAGUAGUAGCAAAGAAGAUAUUCCAUAGCAGAAAGAGCACACUGAUCGAUAAGAGACAGAGACUAAACACCAAACGGUGUCUGCCCUUGAUCAUCUGCUUCUACCCAGUACACACGUAUACAGCUUUUCUUUUUUACUACUACUUAUUGAAGAUUUAAGAUGUUUUAUACUCCCUACCACUGUGUCACUGUCACCUGUGCCGCUGCAUAGCACACUAGCAAACAGUAACACAAAACAAACUUAUGUACAAACUCGUUCCCCACUAUGCCCCUCACCAACACUCACUCACACGCACACACUCAUACAGUAGCGCGCAUGUGCAUCGGUUAGCUUCAUGACUUAUGUUAAGAAAACCGGUACGGUACCGUCGUACUAGAGAAGAAACCCUAAGUAGAUUAGUUUGUGUGGGGUCAACCCUUUUUGCUCUGUGUAAAGAAGAAGGAGAAGUAGACGAAGAAGAAACACUCCGACCCUGGUAGUGGAGGGCGAGUAAAACUCCCACUGAAACGAUCUCCCGCCCCCUCCCGGGCAUCGUUCCAGCCCACUCUCUGCCACGGUGAUGAUGCUAAUGCAGUAAAAUAAAAUCGCUGAAUGAAAAACCCA